UCUGGAGUGUUCUUGUGGAAACACUAAAGCAUAUAACAAAUGACUCUCUCUUCGUAACAGGGGAAACAUUUCGCGGCUUCAUGCGUUUCAGAUGACACUUUGCUUGACCAAAAAUGCAUUCUAAAAUUUUUCUUUUGAUUUUCUUGAUUUUGGAAUCUGUGAAUGCUCAAUUACAAAAUAGCAGAGUCUAUCUAGAUAAAAUAUCAAGUCUGUAUGUUCCAGCGCGUUAUGAUUCCAAUGAUUUUCCGAAGUUUAAACUAGGGAAAAAUGCAGCUGAGCAGCUUGCCUACGAUCCGGUGCAGAAGCUUUUAUAUGUCACAGGCGAGGAGAGGCUCUCCGCUGUAGAUUUGUCCAAUCCUAACGACCCUCAAAUAGUUUACCGAAAACAGUUCAACAAAAUGGACCCAACAGAUGUGGAAUAUUGCGGAAAUCAUGUAUUUGUUACUGUUAACAACGACGAAAAUCCAGAAGAAGGGAGAAUCAUGGUGUUCCGGAGUUACAACAGAAGACAUAACACCAUGCCUAUUGUACUUAAUAUUGUUGCUGGCCCCUCCCCUAACUCUUUGCGUCCCACCCCCUCCUGUGCGACAAUAUUGGUGGCAUUAGAGGGAGAUCCAUUUGCCAGGGGAGGCAACCUCAUUGACCCAGAAGGUGGAAUUGGGGUGCUCAAGUUUCCGUCCAAUUUCAUCUCCGAAAAGACAUACAGUUACCAAAUUCUGGGUUUUGGAAAAUUUAACAACAAAUAUUCAUUGUUAGCCAGGAGUGGUGUGCGUUAUGUUUACACGGAAAGUGGCAGCACCUUUGCACAGGACAUUGAACCAGAACAAAUUACACUGAGUGCUGACGAAAAAAGGGCGUAUGUUACCUUACAGGAAAAUAAUGCAAUUGCAGAGGUUGAUCUGCUUACUGAUUCUAUAACACAAAUCCAUGGCCUAGGAUUCAAAGACUGGAAGAAUUACAAACUGGACCCCAGCGACAGUGACGGAGGUAUCCAUAUUUAUCCUUAUCCGGUGUAUGGUAUAUAUCAGCCGAGCGCCAUAAAAACUGUGAUUGUCGGGAGGAGGGAGUUUCUUGUAACAGCUGAUGAAGGAGAUGGCAAGGAUUAUUCCGGAAAGAAACUGACAACUCCGGGAUUUAACGAAGUAAAAAGAGUACAUGAUAUCACUCUUUCAGAAACAUCUGAAGUGUUACAGUGGGCCAAAGAAAGAAAAAUUCCAAAUAUACAGAAUGAUGCCUUAUUAGGUAAGCUACAAAUCACUACUCAAAAUGGGCGUCUUAAAGAUGGCACUUAUGACAAACUCUAUACUUUUGGUGGUCGUGGUUUCUCUGUGCUGAGCUCAGACACAAUGAAUCGAGUGUAUGACAGCGGCUCAAGUGUGGAGGAAUCACAUGCAUUACAGUUUCCCAUGCUAUUCAAUUCCAAUGUCAAGUCAUCUGCAAAUAUAUCAGACACUUUUGACACACGUUCUGAUAAUAAGGGACCAGAAUGUGAAAGCAUAGAAGUUGCUUACGACGGUCAACGGGCCAUCGUUUUCGUUGGAAACGAAAGACCAGGCUCCAUUAGUAUCUACUCAUUUAACAAUGAUAUGAGCGGAGGUACCCUGGAGAGUGUAUACAAUGGGGUCUGGACAGUAAAUGGCACGUGGGGAGACGGAUUUUCUCAAGGAUACAUAAGUGACCUGGAUCCAGACGAUAUCAAAUACCUUUCUCCGAACCAGAGUCCUAACGGCCAGCCCAUGUUGCUAGUUGCUGGUUCUGAAUCAGGAACCGUUUCUCUCUUCAAUGUCAAAGGAAUGCAGAGUCCUUUACCAAAUCCACAAGUCAAUUAUAGGGUUCAAGUCAAGCCUCUCGAGAGUGAACCCCUUAGGGAAAGUUCCGCCACUGAAGCCACAACAAAUACUAACAACAAAGGCGCCAAAGGAAGCAAACAAAUUACAAAGAAACCUAAUAAAUUUAACAGAAAACAAAGUAGGAACAUUCAGCAGAAGUCCAAAAGGAACGCUAAAAGAAAUAAAAAGUCCCUUAACAAACGGAACAGAAAACUCUCUCGGAAAACAAGAACAAAGGGCAAACUUUCUAGGAAAACCCAAACCACUAAAACGAAAAAACAAACAAAAGCAAAGAAAUCAAAAUCAAGGCAAAAAUCAAAGAAAAAAACUUCAAAAAGAAAAGCGUCGACAAAAUCGAAAAAACAGAAACGUUCGUCAAAAUCGAAGAGGAAGAAAGGGUCAAGUAAAAAAUCAAAAUCGAAAGUUUAAAGGUCGGGUUUGAGGUGACAACAUUGACUUUUCAUUUAAUGUCGGUCUGCAAAGUCAGAUUACAUUUUGGAAAUUUGUGAACGUUCUCAUAUGUAUUACUUCGUGUAAUUAAUUCCUCGUGUAAUAAAACAUGAUACUUUUUGUU